AUGCUUGUUCAUACUUUUUUUUAUUUUUCUAUAGCUCUUAAAAUUAUAAAUGCUUUACGAAUGAGUGUAUUUACCUCUUAUAUAAAUUCUCUUAAUACAUUCCCAAAUAAAAAUAAAUUAAGAAGGAAGUAUAUGAACAGACUGAAACUAGUCGAUGAAUCAAUUAAAAAUAACGAACAUAUAAUUAAAUUGACAGAUAAUGCAGAAAGGAAAAUUAAAGAAUUAGUAAAAGAAAAGGAAGAAGAUUUCUUAAUAUUAAAGUUAUUUGUUCAAAACGGGGGUUGCAAAGGUCUACAGUAUAAAUUAAACCCAAUUAAAAAGGAUGAAAUUGAAGAUGAUGAUUAUAUACAACAAUUUGAAAAUUUAAGAUUUAUUUUAUCUAUAGAUUCAACCAGUGUUAUUUAUGUUUUUAAUAAUACUCUUGACUAUAAUAAUGACUUAAUAAAUGGUGGAUUUAAGUUUAUUAAUCCAAAUGCAACUAAAAAGUGUGGUUGUGGGAAAUCAUUUAAUAUUUAG